AUGCUGGCGUCUAGCGCGCCCUGGGCGCUGGCGCCGUGGGAGCGGGCGCCUGAGGCGCUCGCGCAGGCGCCUUGUAAGGCGCUCGCACAGUGGGCGCAGGCGCCUAAGGCGCUGGCGCGGGCAUCUAAGGCACUGGCGCAGGCGCCUAAGGCGCUGACGCCGUGGGAUCGCUUAAGGCGCUGGCACGAGCGACUAAGGCACUGGCGCCAUUGGGCGCGGGCGCGGACACCCCCCUCCCCUUCCUCUCCUGUCCCAUACGCUGUGCUUGCAACAGCUGCAGAAACGUGGGCAUUCAAGCCAACUGCUGCAAGUAGCGUUUCUCGCACCACAUUUGUUCCGCAGAGCGGCGCACAGAUGGCACAGGAAACGGGGGAUGGCGGAGCAGUGGAGGAGCAGAGCUGCGCGGAAGUGAUUGACGACCAUGUUGCCGACUGCUCCGAGGAGGAAGCCGAGGACCAUGACGAUGACGAUGACGAUGACGUGAGCGACAGUGGCGAUGACGUGGUGCUGCUAGGCUUCGUGCAAAAGCCGUCGCACGACUGGUCGCUCGCCCGCCAUCGCUUCCCCAGCAAAGUUGGGGGCGCUCCGGCGUACUUGGACCCGCUCAACCUGCCGUCACACGCCCUCCUCUGCCACUUCUGCUCCCAGCCCCUGCGAUUCCUGCUGCAGGUGUACUCGCCGGUGGACAGCGAGGCGUCAGCCUUCCACCGCACGCUCUUCCUCUUCGCCUGCCGCCACCACCACUGCCUCUCGCGCCACCAGCAGGAGCAGGCAGAGGUGGCGGACGGCAGAGCAAGGGAAAGGAGACGAAGUGUGUGUGUGCUGCGCACCCAGCUGCCGCGCGCCAACCCCUUCUACGCCUUCACCCCGCCCCCCCCGGAUGCACCGGGGACACCACUCUCCCACCAAGGUCACUCUCCCACCAAGGUCACUCUCCCACCAAGGUCACUCUCCCACCAAGGUCACUCUCCCACCAAGGUCACUCUCCCACCAAGGUCACUCUCCCACCAAGGUCACUCUCCCACCAAGGUCACUCUCCCACCAAGGUCACUCUCCCACCAAGGUCAUCACUCUCCCACCAAGGUCACUCUCCCACCAAGGUCACUCUCCCACCAAGGUCACUCUCCCACCAAGGUCACUCUCCCACCAAGGUCACUCUCCCACCAAGGUCACUCUCCCACCAAGGUCACUCUCCCACCAAGGUCACUCUCCCACCAAGGUCACUCUCCCACCAAGGUCACUCUCCACCAAGGUCACUCUCCCACCAAGGUCACUCUCCCACCAAGGUCACUCUCCCACCAAGGUCACUCUCCCACCAAGGUCACUCUCCCACCAAGGUCACUCUCCCACCAAGGUCACUCUCCCACCAAGGUCACUCUCCCACCAAGGUCACUCCCUCCCCGUCCUCUCCCCUCCCCGUCCUCUCCCCUCCCCGUCCUCUCCCUCCCCGUCCUCUCCCCUCCCCGUCCUCUCCCCUCCCCGUCCUCUCCCCUCCCCGUCCUCUCCCCUCCCCGUCCUCUCCCCUCCCCGUCCUCUCCCCUCCCCGUCCUCUCCCCUCCCCGUCCUCUCCCCUCCCCGUCCUCUCCCCUCCCCGUCCUCUCCCCUCCCCGUCCUCUCCCCCCCCCGUCAUCUCCCCUCCCCGUCCUCUCCCCCCCCCGUCAUCUCCCCCCCCCAUCAUCUUCCCGCCGCCUCCGCUCCUCACUCCUUCCUUCUUCUCGCCCUCCCAUGCUGUGCAUGCAUCUCCUUGCUCGCCCUAACCUUCUCCCCACUCCCCUCUUCCCACCUGCCCAUGUGCGAGUGGUGUGGCACGUGGAGGGGCAGCAAGCGCUGUGGGGGGUGCAGGCAGGUCGCUUACUGCAGCAAGGACCACCAGGUGGGCAGGUCGCUUACUGCAGCAAGGACCACCAGGUGGGCAGGUCGCUUACUGCAGCAAGGACCACCAGGUGGGCAGGUCGCUUACUGCAGCAAGGACCACCAGGUGGGCAGGUCGCUUACUGCAGCAAGGACCACCAGGUGGGCAGGUCGCUUACUGCAGCAAGGACCACCAGGUGGGCAGGUCGCUUACUGCAGCAAGGACCACCAGGUGGGCAGGUCGCUUACUGCAGCAAGGACCACCAGGUGGGCAGGUCGCUUACUGCAGCAAGGACCACCAGGUGGGCAGGUCGCUUACUGCAGCAAGGACCACCAGGUGGGCAGGUCGCUUACUGCAGCAAGGACCACCAGGUGGGCAGGUCGCUUACUGCAGCAAGGACCACCAGGUGGGCAGGUCGCUUACUGCAGCAAGGACCACCAGGUGGGCAGGUCGCUUACUGCAGCAAGGACCACCAGGUGGGCAGGUCGCUUACUGCAGCAAGGACCACCAGGUUCGCCCGCCGUGUCUUGCCUCCUCCCAUGCUGUUUUACAACCAUCACAGCAUCACACCGUUCCUUCUCCCCCUUUCCUGCAUGGUGCCGUUGGGAGGUCAGGAGUUGGAUGUCCUGACUUCAUUCUUUCAAACCACCACGCCUCCCUGCCCUUCCACCACGCCUCCCUGCUUUCAACUCAAACCACACCACACCUUUGUGCACUCAUCUUCUUCUCUUCCCUCUCCGCUCCCUAAGGAGCACUGGCGGGCGGGCCACAGCGCUGCCUGCCCCCGCACCCCACCUCCCACCUCUGCCACCUCCCCACCCGCUGCCCCCUGCACCGCUGCCCCCUCCACCGCUGCCCCCUCCAGUGCUGCCCCCUCCAGUGCUGCCCCCUCCAGUGCUGCCCCCUCCAGUGCUGCCUCCUCUGCUCCUCUCACUCCUCCGCCUGCUGCCGCUGCUCCUUCUGCCCCGUCCCAUCCUCCUGGCACCGACACGUCAGCAGCAAGGAUACCUCCCACGUCAGAAGAUGCUGAGUCAGCAAGGGGUGCAGGGAAUGACGUGUCAGAAGCGGAUUGGAGAGUGACGGUGUUGGACAAGGGCGGGUGGAAGGAGUGGGAGAUGGUGGUGGAGGAGGAGGAGCCGGAGGAGGGAGAGGAUGGGGAGGAGGGGGGGGAGGGAGAGGAGGGAGAGGAGGCAGGGAGAGAGGGGGGGAGUGGAGGGGAAAAGGGGGCGGCGGUGGGGCCCGGGGGGGCGGAGGUGCGGCGGCUGAUGAGGGAGUAUCGGGAGCGCACCAGGGCGGAGGGGCCCAUCGCUGCCAGCGAGCUGGAAGGCUUCGGAGAGGUAAGGCCCUCCUGUGGAUGGGGAAGGGGUGCGCAUGCGCAUGGGGUGCGCAUGGGGUGCGCAUGGGGUGUGCAUGGGGUGCGCAUGGGGUGGGGUGGGCAUGGAGUGCGCAUGGGGUGGGGUGGGCAUGGAGUGCGCAUGGGGUGGGCAUGGGGUGGGCAUGGGUUGGGCAUGGGUUGGGGUGGGCGCGGUGUGGGAGCGGAUGUGGAGAAGAAGCAAUGGGCCGCGUUUCAGGCUGUGAUUGCCAAGGCACCUGAACAAGUGAUCAGAUACUGCCGAUCAGCCACCGCCCGUCCGCUGUGGCCGCAGCUGCAGGGGCAGCCGCCCAGCCAGACUGCCAUUCCCCCCUGUGGCGGCUGUGGUGCUCCCAGGAUAUUCGAGUUCCAGGUGCUCCCGCAAAUCAUAUACUACAGUGCGCCUGACGCUACUGCUGACUCAACGCUCGACUUCGCCACGUUGGCAGUCUACGUCUGCCCCAACUCCUGCUGCUGCUCUUCACAGCUCAGCACCGCACAGCAGAGUAGUGUUGCUGUCCCAAAAAGUGUGGAUUCAGGAGUUGAAGCAACAGUAGUGGGGGCAAGUGCGGAGGGAAGCAGCAGUGCAACGGGCAGCAGAGAUGCAGGCAGUGGGGACGUGAAAGGCUGCGAGGCAGCAGGGCAGGGGGAGGGCUUGCAAGAGCGGAGCAUGGGGUAUGUGGAGGAGUUUGUGUGGGUGCAGCUGCCUACCCAAGACCCUCCUGUCGUUGCUCAAACCGAUUGA